AUGUAUAUCUUCGACAUCGCCCUGCGCCGGUGUUACGUGACCUACCUCGUUUUCAUCUGGGGUCUAACAAUAGUUUCCGUUGCGUACGAGUUGCCACCCGAGCUGGUGUCAGUCGAAGGCACUUGGGAGACCAUCGACGAACCAAUACUGCUUGAUGGGGUUGCGUAUUCCGCGGAUGCUGGCGGAGCCUUCAAUCCAGUCCUUUCACCGCAGCCCUCAACUUCAGACUUUUUCUCCUUGUACUCAAACCUAGAACCCACCACUUGGUCUCCAAAUACACCGCAUCAUCAUUACCCAACGAGCCCAGAUGGAACGCGAUUUAGACAGAACCAUGAGGUCCUAAUGCCAACCAUUUCUACCUUGUUCCAAAAUGAGCCUUCGAGUAGCUCCCGCGGGAUGAUGAACCAGGCUACCUAUGAAAUUCCAACCGCACCACCCGAUAUGGAGACAGCUGCAGCCCCUUGGCCAACGGUGGACAAUAUAAAUUUUGAUGACAUUGGGAACGACCCCAACGAGCCAAGUGAAAUCUACAUUUCCAGCAGGGCAUUACAAACAGUAUUUCUGAAAAAUUGUCAUCAGCACUUCAAGGUCCGAUCACGGGAGAUCCUGAAACAUUUUCGCCAACCGCGCGAAGUCAAGCCACACGCCACGUUGCCGAUUGUGAUGGAGGAGUCGAGGGGGAAAUCAAGCGAAAAGCGGCAAAGGCAAUUACGAGUCAUAGACCAUUCAACAAGAAAAUGCCUGACCAAUCUGCAAAUCGAAUUGCAUUACAAAAUUUUAAUAGCGUGGAUUUAUGAUUUGCAUGAGAGAAUUUUACACCGUGCCAACCUACCCACAUAUGCAUUCAGGUUGCAGCACGGCAAAUUGAUUGACUGGUUGGAAGUCCAGAUUUUUACACCGCCCACCGGUCUUCCAGUCAUGGGGACAAUUGAGAGUCCAGCUUCCAAGCCUUUUCAUUGGAAGGAUCAUAGUUUCGGUUCUAUUCAGUCUCAAUUAAUAAACUACUUCGUCCAACCUUUAAGUUUGAGCGCAAAUGCCAUUACUUCGAGUCUAGUCAAAGAGUUUAUGACUCUGCAUCCAGAUGAUUAUUUAGCCUCAAAGUACUAUCCGGAAACCUUGAUUAAAAAAUCUGAAAGUUCAGAGUUUCUGGCCAUCAGAUCUGUCUUAAUUGGUCAAGCUGCAGUUGCAGACGACCAACUUGGCUAUUACGACCCCAAUGACAACCUUCUAUUAGUAAUCCAGGUUAGAUUUGAAAACAAAUACAAGCAAGCGGGUAAGAGAGGAGUAACGUUGAGGAGCGCUCAUCCAAAGUUACCAAUUGCAGCAUACCACCCUGAAUACAACUCAGACAAGCAAAUCCUUCGAAUUUUGUAUAAAGACGGUGGAAAAUUGAUUCAAAUGCCAGAGUUACCUGCGAGGUUCAAAAGUUUGGCAACAACAGUGGAUUUCUUCCACAAAAAACUCAUCCAUAUCUUGGGAAUAAAAGCAAUAGUACACAUGAAUGAAAGAAGAAAAUCGUUGCUUGAAUGGCUAAUCAAAAGUAUCCUCAAUCCAAGCAAAGGUCUGACUGUCUUGGGACCUGUCGAAACUGACACAAAGAAAAUGCUUGCCCCAUGGGAGGAACCUGACAACCAACGCAAGAACUUAUUUGGCGAAGUUCAACUAGCAAUAAUGGAGCACUUUUCUGAAGAUCAUCCAGAAAAUGCCAAAACAGAGGAAUCUGCAAUAUUCAUUCUCUGUUCAUACUAUUUCAAACACUGUUGGGGUGAUUUUCUUCAUCUAUAUCAAUUAAUACUCCCAUAUACAGUCGGAAUAGGCCAGAAUAAUUUGAAAAGGAAACUAGAUCUAUCAGGACAGAGCCUCAAGAUCUAG